AUGCACGUCGCCAUCGAGUCUCUCCAGGACAGCCGCAUGACGACCUCUAAGGGUGUGGGGCGUCUCGAAGCGUAUCCAAGGCCGGCGCCCGUCGCACCCGGCAAGGCGCGGCUUAGCACGGCUCACGGCGGGCGGCCGAGCUGGGUCGGCCCCUUUCCGCUCACGGCCUAUGCCUCGACGGCCUUGCGUGUCAAGCGGCCCCAGCAUACGACCGCCCCCUCCAACAGCCGCCGCCAACCUCUCCUUCUCCUUUCGGCACCCGCUGUUGUGCGAAAACAGGCAGAGAGGGCUCGUCACGGGAGCCGCAAAGCCUGGUAA